UUUCUGGAUGAAAAUAAAUAUGUCAGAAGGUUCAUAAAGACUGGGGUUUAGGAUUUUUUUUUUUUUUAAGGCUACAGUGUUAUUUUUCUUUAAGUGCAAAAACUGGGGUGGAGUGGGGUCUAAAAUUUUGUUUUUCUUAGUGUUUAUAUUUAACAAAUUAAUGUAUAAACAAAAUUUUAUAUUACAAGGUAGUACCACAGAAUAAUUACAGGAUUUUAAAGGUAUGUAUCAAUUUGUGGUACACUAUUCGUAGUGCCCUAGGAAUAGAAACCAGACCUGUUGAAAGUUAGGGAAUGUUUUCCUCUGGUUCUGUCAGUUGGUACUAUCCAUGUAACCUUUUGGGAAGAAACAGUAAAAGUCUUGUAGACCUUUCCUGAAUGUUUGAGUGAGCCAUCCUACCCCUACCCUCACUAUGUAUGGGUCAGGCCCAGGCCCAGCCAGCAUUAACUCUUAAUUACACAAAUACAAUAAAUGACUCAUUUAAGAAAUAGUAUCCACUCUUCGGUCUCGGGCCUAAGUCGUGGUGACAGGGCUAAACGCACUAAGAAAGUCGGAAUCAUUGGUAAAUAUGGGACCCGCUACGGUGCCUCCCUCUGGAAAAUAGUGAAGAAGAUUAAAAUCAGCCAGCACGCCAAGUACACAUGUUCCUUCUGUGGCAAAACCAUGAGAAAGAGUUGGGCUCUGGGGAUCUGGCACUGUAGUCCCUGCAUGAAAACAGUGGCUGGUGGCACCUGGACCUACAACACCACUUCUGCUAUCACAGUCAAGUCUGCAAUCAGAAGGCCAAAGGAACUGAGAGACCAGUAGAAAGUCCUACCAUAUAGCAAAAUUCUGGUUUGUUGUUAAUUGUAUUAACUGGAUGUUCUGAUGUGAAUUGUGUUAAUAUUGCCUUUUCAAAAGAGAUUUGUAAAUCAAAGCCCUUCUAAUAUGAAUUGGAAAAUUUUGCUGAGAUGGGUUAUUGUAAUUCAGAUGUUUUUCCCCCCAGUAGUCAGAUGAUAAUGGCAUGAAACUAAGUCUUACAGCUUAGGUAUAUACUUAGCUUUUUUUUUUUUUUAAACCACUGUUCAACUACUCAGAGAUACAUUUGACAUAUUGUACAAAAUUUGUUUUAAAGGUAAAAUGUGCUAAAAUACACAAAGUAUAUACAUUAAAAAAAAAAAAAAAGGAAGAAGUAGUAGUAUCCAGUGUUGUUAAAAUGCAGACCUUGGCAGGGCAAGGGCCCAGGAAUCAGCAUUUUAAGUUCCCAAGUGAUAUCAAUAUUGAUAGUUCUUGAACUACAACAGCUAAAGUGUGGACUUCAACUUGAAUAUAAUUACAUAGUAUUUUCUAGAUGGUAAAAAAUAAAAAGGUGCAAAAGAAAAAAUAGAAGUAAUAUUCAAAGCCCACAUCAAAUAAAGACAUUAGACCCUAGAUUAUAUGAGGACAUAUGAAAUGACAUAGGAUGGCCUCUUUUCAAAGGAACGGUGUAAAUUGACUGACUGCUGUACGCUAUAGUAUAUAUAAUAGCGUGUUCACACACACAGAGUUGGGUGUCCCUUUGAUGAUGUCAGUAUGUUCUGAGAGGUACACGGUUAGGAGAUUUCAUGUUAGUGGGACCAUCAUAGAGUGCUUACACAAACCUAUGUAGCACAGCCUCCCACACUCAUAGGACAAUUAGAGUGUGCAUCUGUGUACAUGGUGUAGCCCACUACUCCUGUGGUUGUGAUGAGUGAGAUGACACCAUUUAAAUGAAGCACAAGAGAAAAUGAUGGAGUCAAGACACAGAAAACAUGAGAUAUAUGAGGCUGCUACUGGCAUAAUGCUGCCAGCAACAUUAAAUAUAAAAGUAAGCUUUUUUAUAUUUAACUAGAAUAAAUACAUACUAAAAUAACAAUUAAAAGAAUUAUCAUAAAUCAUAAA